AUGACGACAAAGCCGCCAGAACUCGACGAGAGUGAACUGGUCGCGCAACUGGUACGCGGCGAUCCGCGGGCGUUCGACCUCGUGGUCGAGCAAUACCAGCUCCGCGUGGCGGGGCUCGCCAAUCGCCUGUUGGGCUGGACCGACGCAACCGACGACGUGGUGCAAGACGUAUUCGUCACCGUGCUCGAUCGAGUCAGUUCGUUCGAAGGUCGCUCGAGCCUGUGGACAUGGCUAGCCCGCAUCACGAUCAAUCGCUGCCGCACUUGGCAGCGGCGCACUUGGUUGCGGCGCAAGCUGCAAAGCGUCAGCGGAACCUUGCUCGACCGCCAAGCCGAAACCCCCGCAUCGCAACCCCAGCUAAUUCGUGACGAAACCGCCGCCGAGGUUCGCACCGCCGUGCGAGCUCUGCCGGCCAAGUACCGCGAGGUAAUCGUGCUGCGUUACCUGGAAGAACUCCCCAUCGAAGAAGUCGCCGAGCUGCUGGAACUCUCCCGCGGAGCCGUCGAUGCCAACUCGCCGCCCGACUUAAGCAUCUGCAAUGAGUAA